AACGGAUUCGCCAUCAACAGCUAGUAGCAAUCGGAAGAAACGUGGUAAAGAGAAGGGUGCUAGAAAAAGGGUCGGACGUAAAAUAGAUGGUAUAAUUUACAACAUUGGAAAAAAUCUUGAAUUAGGUGUUUUUGAAUCAGCAAGUAUUUUCAAGGACGAACAUGAUAAUAGAUAUCUUAAAGAAACUUUUAAAUUGCCAAAAUCAAUGAGAAAUAUUUAUGAAGAAGAAAAAUGCAAUUCGUUGCAAGUGAUAGGAAUACUACACCUUGGCCUAAUGGUGCAGUUUUCAAAGUUAUGGAGGGAAAAUGGUUUAAUCGCAAUAUAUAAAAAGCAAUACUGUGCAUUAUUUGUCACCAAUGAUUACUUGAAGCUAUUAGCUAAAAUUUAUUCUUAUAAGCUUCUUAAACAGCAAAUAACAGAGAAUAAUCUUCGGAUUGUGAUCCAGUUGAGGAAAGUGAUCUAUUAG